CGCAGGUGGAUUCGAAGAGAAUAAUAAUAAUAGUAAUAAAAUACAUCGUCCGUACCACAAGGGUUCCUGUUAACGAUCUCGGAUCCAUUUUGUUCAUUAGAGAAAAAUGGAUUGCGCCGGUGGUGGUCAGAGUUUGUUUCCGUUGCAUCGUUGCAAAACCGUUCACCUGGUCAGGCACGCGCAGGGGAUUCACAAUGUAGAGGGAGACAAGAACUACAAAGCUUACUUGAAUCCUGAAUACUUCGAUGCUCAUCUUACCCCGUUAGGGUGGUUGCAGGUUGACAAUUUGCGUAACCAUGUUCGUGCCUCUGGCCUUAUAAACAAGAUUGAUCUCGUCAUAACAUCUCCUUUAAUGAGGACUCUACAAACAGCAGUUGGGGUAUUUGGUGGUGAGGGGUACACUGAUAAAUCGGAUGUGCUGCCUCUUAUGGUUGCAAAUGCAGGGAAUAGCAGUCGUGCUGCAAUUUCAAGUCUGAAUUGCCCACCAAUUGUUGCUGCUGAACUUUGUCGGGAACAUUUGGGCGUUCAUCCCUGUGACAGAAGAAGAAGUGUUAGCGAGUAUCAGUUUCUUUUUCCUGCUGUUGAUUUUUCACUGAUAGAUAGCGAUGAGGAUAUUUGGUGGAAGGCCAACGUUAGAGAGACAAAGGAAGAACUUGCAGCUAGGGGGCUGAAGUUCAUAAACUGGUUGUGGACACGAAAAGAGAAGGAGAUAGCUAUUGUGACACAUAGUGGAUUCUUGUUUCAUACUCUAAAUGCGUUUGGAAAUGAUUGCCACCCAUUGGUGAAGAAAGAAAUAUCCAAGCACUUUGCCAAUUGUGAGCUUCGCUCCAUGGUCAUUGUGGAUAGAAGUAUGACAGGAACAGAAGUGUCAACCACUAACUAUCCAGGCAAGAUACCUUCAGGGCCGGACCUCCCUAGUGGUGAUGUGGAUGAGAACGCUAAGAAAUAGUGGGUUUGGUCUUUCUACUUGUUUGUAUGUGUUUAGUAUCAUUCAAACAUUAAAAUGUUGGACAUAAUCAUUAAUAUUUGAAGA